GAUCCAUCACCACAGCCAACCUGGCAAGUUGAACGAAUAAAGUAGGCCACCGGAAAUAAAUCCCCAUCUGUUCAAUCGUACCUAAAAUUAUGAGGGUUUCCGUCGCCAUAACCAUAUUGCUGGGCUUGGUCUGCCAAAUAAAUGGAGGGGGUCAAAUGCCCCAAGCCAUGUUUGACGAGAUGAAGGGUGCGUUUUUCAAAUUUAUGGAUGGGAACUUUCCAAAAGCCAAGGAGGGAAUUGUCGCCGCCUUGAAGCCUUUGGCUGCCUCGUCAGAAAAGGAAAUAAAACUGGCCCUUAAGGACGCCAAAUCAUCUGCCGGGAUGGCUAGUCCAGCCGCCCUGGUUGGACAAUUCGUCUCCCCUGCAGGACUCGCAAUCGGACAAUUUCCGGGACGAUGUAUGGAAGGGCUGGCCUCAUUUGCCGAAUUUUACACCGCCAACCAAGAACAAUUGAAGAAACUUCCUCCCUUCAAAAUGGGAGAUACGAGGGCACCCGCCUUGAUGGACGAAUUCAAGAAGAAGUUUGAAGGGUACGUGGCUGAACUGGCGCAGGUUGUUAAUGCCAAUUUCGAAGACUUUCUUCAUCUCGCGGACGCUGUCAAGAAAGAGUUUGAACCCGUUUUGAAGAAGUCCAUUGGAGGGAGGGACGGCGACUUUUUUGGAGAUCUGAACCAACAAUGGGGACAGGCUGUUAAGGACGCUAGGGCCGACAUGCAAACAAAAAUUAAUGAAUAUAAGCAAAACUUAAUUGUAUAAGAAUAAUGGACAUAAAAUUAUUGAUUCCCAAGUAAAUAGCUUCAUUAUUGAAGCAAAAAUAAAAUAAAAUUUUGACAAGGA